AUGAACUCGCUAUACAACCAAGCGCUACGGCAAUUCUCCUCCAUCCAAUCGGACAUUUCGCGCAUCGAUUCGGAGGGCGAUUCUGCGCCAUCCACAUCGUUCGGUCCGGUCACCGUCUCGCUCUCCUCCCUCGAGCGGACGAUCGACGAGUACGAGAACCUGGCCAAAAAGGAGCUGAUCCAGUCCAAGCAGGAAAAGGCGCUCACACGCGUAUCGAAGUUUCGCACGGACUAUGCGGAGCUCUCUUCCCAAUUGGCGCGGUUGAAAACGAAAGGUGCUUUGUCCAACGCCAACGGCCAUGGUAGUGGCUCAUCAAUACGAUCGCCCACCAAUCCGGGGUUUGGCGGUCAAAGUGCGAAUCGGCGCGUAAGCGGGAUCGCCGAGUCUCCCUUCAGUUUGCACGCUCGCAACUCGGCCGCCUCACCACCCACCGACCCGCUAGCGGCAUACAAGAUGAACGCUUCCGCAGCAGCCAUGUUCGGCUCCUCGGAGUUUUCGGCACGAGAAAGCCACGCGUUGAGGGAACACUCGUUCAUCCAACAGACCGAGCAACAAUUGGACGCCUUCAUAGCCCAGGGUCGCGAAGUGUUCGGCAAUCUCGUCGAACAAAGAGGGAUACUCAAGGGAACGCAAAGACGGUUGAGAGACGCAGCGAACACCUUGGGGUUGAGCAGAGAUGUCAUCGGGUAUAUCGAAAGGAGGACGUUGCAGGAUAACAUUAUUUUUGCGGUAGGGGCGAUUUUCACGUUGGUCUGCUUUUGGUAUAUCUACAAGUGGUUUGGGUGA